AUGGUGCAGGCGGACCCGCUGCGCAGUUUUCGAAGCGACAAGGCGCUGCGGUCCAGCCUGGCCGACUGCGAUCGUGACCUGGAGGCCGGGCUCCCCUGGGGCAGCAACUGCUGGGUCGAGGACCUCGGCCGCCCCCCGUGCGUGGUGGACGCGGUCCCCGCCGCCGAGCCCGCCCCCGGGGUCCGGGAGGCCGUCUGCCUCCAGCCGCAGACGCUGGAGCUGAGGCUGCCGCGGGACGCGAGGCCUGGGGAGCUGGCGGUCGCGGAGGGCCCGCACGGCCCUGUCGAGGUCGAGACCCCGUCCGACCACAAGCCUGGCACGAAGGUCCAGCUUCGGCUGGGGGCGCCCCCAGAGCUGCGCAUCCGGGUGCCCGAGGACGGGAAGCCAGGCGACCGGCUGCAGGUCAUCAGGGCCGACCGGGUCAGGAUAGCCGCACGCAUUCCGCAGGGCAUGAAGGUGGCAGUCCCAGCGGUCGUGGUCGCGGUCCCAGAGGGAGCGAAGACCGGCGAGCUGGUGACUUUUCGUCUUCCCCCGCCAGAGGGCAAGUGCAAGGGCGAGUGGAUGCAGGCGUGGUGCCCGAGCGAGCUCCUGUAUGGCAGAUACUUUGCCGCAUGCAUGCCGCUGACCGUCGGCAAGCGGGCAGACCUGACGGCCGCCAAGAAGGCGAUGGCGGAGGCCACGGCCAAGCGCGAGGCGCAGCACGCGGACUUCCUGGGCAUGCAGGCGGACUACGUCGCGAACAUCGGCGCGCUCACAAAGGCUGUGGCCGCCAUCUCCAAGGGGAUGGCCGGCGGGCCGCUCAGCGGCGCCCGCGGGCAAGCACCGUGA